UCAUUAUAUGUAUAAAUGUACUUUAAUGACAGGACAUGCGUGGGGCGUGUGUUAAUGUUUUGUGAGUGAUGGUGAACGUACUUUAUUUUUUAUGUUUAGCAGUACAAAGCGUGGGUUAAGUUUGGAGUGAGAGAGAUUGGGAUGUCUGAGCCAUUUCAGUCUGGCGACCGUUACACAAGCGGAUGCACGUGUAGUGAAAGUUAAGACAAGUAUUAAUAUUUGUAGAUUCCUAUACUGGAUAAAAGGUUCGCGGGACACGAGCACUGUCUGUGUGGCGCGGGAAGGUCCCGCUAAGCCAAACAGCCCCGGUAAUCCGUUUCCUUACCAAGUCUCUUCUUUGUCAUUUCGAGGAAGAACAUUAACCUUAAUUUUCACAGCCUGAAUUUAAAAAGAGUAAACCAUGCUAACCCUGAUAAAGCAGCCUUUCCAGCUCACCAUGAAGGUCUGCCUGUUUAUCAGGUAAUCAGACUACUGAUGGUUACGGUCCAUCAUAGCCAGAAGAGGCAGAAGGGAUCAGGAAAUGUGAAAGGAGGUCUUUUGGUUUCGGUGUCAGCAGAGACCGCCGGAUCUCCCUCUGACCAUGUUUGUGGUACAGUUGCAGCGGCUGGAUACUGGUGCUCAGAAUGCACAUUUGAAGAUGUUCAGCGUGAGGUCACGCAAAAUUUAGAUUCAUCCAUCUCAAUAGGCUCCCCUACUGACCCAGAGCAACUUAGUGAAUUCUUAGACAGAUGUGGACCUCUUCGUUUCCACAUUUCUUUCCAGGUGACUGGAAGGAGUCGGGUUUCUGAAGGAGACUGGCUGAAGACAGAACAAUUGUUACACCGACUCAGCCUUGUCCAUGCGCAAGUGGAAAUUUACUUCAGUUUAAAACUAAAUGAAGCCAUAUCCCAGAAAAUCUAUCGCUGCAGGGCACACUGGAGGUUUGCACUAUUGGGCGGCUGCAUAGGCACAGAGAGCGCCCUCUAUCUACUGCCUGGGCCCCCUGCUGGCCCUAGUGGUCAGUGCACCCAGCUGCACCCUGUUCCCGGUGCGGCCACCCCCCUGCUGCUUCCUCACUCUCUGGUUGAGAUGGGUCUGUGUGGCACCAUCAGCCUCCUUCCCGCCGCGGCCCUCAGCCCCUGUGUGGCUCAGAACCCUAACUGGCCAGCCCAGCUUGUUGACAUACGCAUUUUUCUUUAUGGUCCCUCCAAUCUGCCCCUGUUGUGUGAUGCUGAAGAGCGUCCCCUAAGCUUCCUACGUGAUUUUGCACAUUUACUGUCCUGGAAAGAGUUUGGCCUCUCUGGAGUUCGGUGCUCAGAAAACUCUACAGAAGCAGGCUGUUUGCUCUCUGAGAUGGUCUACACUGUGGAGGGGAGCGAGCAAAGUGCAGCUGUGGGCCAGACUCUCCUCCUGUUCCUCUUUCUCCAGCACAGCGACCCCUUCUGUUCACAGCUCUCUGAUUUUGUUGUCAGUGAGGAGCUUCUAGUGCAAAAUCUGGACCGGAUUCUUCAGCACAACCAGGAGAGGGUGAAGGUGGCGCUACACUCUCUUCUCCAGUGCACACUGAGUGGUUCUUUAAAGAGACAAAAGGCUCAAGCAAAGAUGCAGGCUGCCAUCCCCGUCAUCCUCAGCUCACUGUCCAGUGUGGUGAGCAGCAGUAGCAGCCUGGCUUUCAGGACCACCUGUCUCAACAGCAUGAAGGUGCAGGACACUCAGGAGCUGGGUAUCACUCUUAAACAGGCUCUCCUGGAGGUCACACAGAACCGAUUCAUGCCCAGCCGCAAAUGUAACAAUAAGUGUUUGCGGAGGGCAUCAGGAGAUGGUGAUGUGGACGGUUCUGACCAUAAACAUGCACCACUGAGGCUGGAGGACAGUUCAAGGAGUUUGUCUGGUGCUCUUGACCACAAAGAGUUAGGUGUGGAAGCCUCACACAGUCAGACUGGUGGUGAGUCCACUACUGUGAAGAAGCCACGAGUUGCUGGGGUCAGCACACACCCCUCAGCUCACAAGCAGACACACACGGGCCCCUGGAUGCCAGCCCAGCAUGACAUACCUGGGCUCUCUCAGACUCAGCCCACUGCCGCGGCCCACACAGCGUGCAGCGACCCUGUGCCUCGUUCUCUGGGCAAAGACAACCAGCAGGUGCAUUGCAGUCAUCAUGGAUCACCCGCACUAACCCAGUCAACACUCUAUCUGACCACCUAACCUGGAGGACCAGGUCUGGUUGCACAUGUUUGACUGGGACUGCUAGCAUGCUGCGUUCUGGGAGACUCCUCCGAGACUAUAUUAGCAUGCUGCAAGGGACUUGGUCAUUUACCAAGGGUCCUCUCCAUAACCUGUGUCUGCAGUCUUCAGUUCACUAUCAGUGUUAACAACAGGAUUUAAUUAUUUUUGUUAAUCAGAACUAUUACAAGGUAUGUAUUAGUUUAUUAAACUUUGAAAUAUCUUUAAGAACCGGCUGUACACUGAUUGUGCAUUCUUCCUCUGCAUAUAAAUUAAAGUGCCACCCAUUUGGGGGCGUUUCUAUUAGCACGAGGGCGUUUUUGAUUGGUUGUCAGGCUACUGCCGUAAAGCGAUGGCGGGAUUUUCUUUUCUAGCGACAGCAGGGACAAGGGAAUUGUGAUUGUAUCAUUUUUUUUAUUUUUAUUUUAUAGAGUGUUAACUAAGAUACAUAGUUGCACAUUGUUUGUGUGUGUGGUAAACAUCCUCGUUUUGGUGUUUUCCAAUUAAACACAUUGCUUGACGAUUGCUCUAAAUUUGGAAUUUACUUAGCUAGCAGCUCGUGUACCGAAGAUCGGACAGUCGGUGAAUAUUACUAAUAAAAACUACCAGCAAGUGUUUCUGGAUUCUCAAAA